AUGAAAAUAAUUUACUCAAAGGCGCCGACCACGUGGCACGUUCUCGAAUGUGUGAUUAAUAUUAUUGACCUCCAGAUAUAUAGGCUUCCUACUUUUCCGGUCAUCGCCACCGAUAUCGACGUGUCCAAAUCUCAUGUUCUCCACACAGCUAAACCUUCACCUCAUCUCUCUUCCUCUCUGUAUGAAAUGGGGAGUUUGAAUUUCUACGAGAGGUUUUCUAGAACGUUCCGUGAAAAUCCUUCGCUUUCGAGAUUUCUCGUUGUCUUCGCCGUCAGUGGUGGAGGUCUUGUGGCUUAUUCUGAAGCAAACAUACAAACUAGUCCAAAGAUUGAUGAAUUACCAGAGCCAGGUAAUGACAAAAAGAAGGUAGUUGUGCUUGGAACUGGUUGGGCUGGAACAAGUUUCUUGAAAAAUCUCAAGAAUCCCUCAUAUGAUGUUCAAGUCAUAUCACCAAGAAAUUACUUUGCAUUCACCCCUUUACUACCAAGUGUUACAGUUGGCACAGUGGAAGCCCGAAGUGUUGUUGAACCAAUUCGCAACAUUGUCAAAAAGAAGAAUGUAAAUGUAAACUACUGGGAAGCUGAAUGCUACAGGAUUGAUGCAAAAAGUAAGAAAAUUUACUGUCGUUCAAGUCAAGAUGAUAAAGAAGAAUUUGUUGUAGAUUAUGAUUACCUUGUGGUUGCAAUGGGAGCCCGUGUUAAUACAUUUAACACUCCUGGUGUUGAAGAAAACUGUCACUACUUGAAGGAAGUUGAAGAUGCUCAGAAGAUUCGAAGGAAAGUUAUAGACUGUUUUGAAAAAGCAAGUUUACCUAAUUUGAGUGAUGAUGAAAAGAGAAGAGUUCUUCAGUUUGUAGUUGUUGGUGGAGGUCCUACUGGAGUUGAAUUUGCAGCUGAGCUUCAUGAUUUUGUGUCUGAAGAUUUGGUGAAGUUGUAUCCAUCUGUUAAAGAUUUGGUUAAAAUAACACUUCUUGAAGCCACUGACCAUAUUCUUAACAUGUUUGACAAACGUAUCACAACUUUUGCAGAAGAGAAGUUUCACAGAGAUGGUAUAGAUUUAAAAACAGGGGAAAUGGUUACAAAAGUUUCAGAGAAAGAAAUUUCAACCAAAGUAAUUAAAACUGGUGAAGUCUCUACUAUACCCUAUGGAAUGGCAGUUUGGUCAACAGGUAUUGCAACUCGUCCUGUCAUAAUGGAUUUCAUGAAGCAGAUUGGCCAGGCGAACAGACGUGUGUUAGCUACUGAUGAAUGGCUUCGAGUUGAAGGGACCAAUAGCAUAUAUGCACUUGGAGACUGUGCCACAAUCAACCAGCGUAAAGUCAUGGAGGAUAUUUCAGCUAUAUUUGAAAAGGCAGACAAGGACAAGUCAGGAACACUAACAGUAAAAGAAUUUCAAGAAGCACUUGAUGACAUAUGCGACAGGUAUCCUCAGUUUAAAUCCGCUUUAUCUCAAGUAGAUUCUCAAAUGAAGAAUCUUCCAGCAACAGCUCAGGUUGCAGCUCAGCAAGGUUCGUAUCUUGCGGAUUGUUUCAACCGUAUGGAAGACUGCACGAAGAGUCCCGAAGGUCCGUUGCGCUUUAGAGAGUCUGGGCGACAUAGGUUUCGUCCCUUCAGGUACAAGCAUCUUGGUCAAUUUGCUCCGUUAGGAGGUGAGCAAACAGCAGCACAACUCCCAGGUGAUUGGGUGUCUAUUGGCCACAGCUCUCAGUGGCUUUGGUACUCUGUCUAUGCAAGCAAGCAAGUAAGCUGGCGUACAAGGUCGUUGGUGGUGUCAGACUGGAUGAGGCGUUUCAUUUUUGGGAGGGACUCCAGUCAAAUAUGAGUGUCCAUCUCUUAAAAUACCAAAAAAGGUCACAAUUUUCUGUUUGCUAAACACAUUUAAUCACUUUUUUUUUUUCUCAAAAUGUUUACUGCGAAUAAGUUUCCACUUCGGCGUUACUUUACAUCUAGUUUUAGAUGAGCCUCAGAAUGUGUAUUUGUAUUGUAUAAUGAAGAUUAUGUGUAUCUAGCCUUUUGGGUUUUUUUUUAUUCACUUUACGCAUGAUCUGUUUCCUUGUUAUGUGAAUCAACUGUUUGAAUAUUAGUAAAGGAGUACUUUAAGAUUUCGUUUAAUAAUGAUGUUAAAUGACAAAAUCG